AAACCAACAAUGACACAUGCACAGCGAAGAGUUUGACACUUUUAAAACCGAAUACCCGUUAGUGAUACAAUCUGCUUAUUCACAGUCGUCCACUGUGUCUCGUUUGUUUAUUUGUACGACCGUGAUUUGCUUUGCUUUUGUUUCUGUCGGUUCUAUCGGCACUUAUUAUGUCUGCGAUAAAUAAACGAUCAACUCGAAAACGCGCUACAGUUGCCUAUGUAGUGUCGUCCAGUGAGAGCGAAGACGAAGCAAGUCCAAAGAAAAAGCAAAAAAAAAUGGGAUGUUCUGGGUCAAAGCAAAAGAAUGUUGUCAAUGAGACCAUAAGCCGCAAACGAAAUGCGGAAAAUGUUGUACAGAAUGUGGAAAUGGUGAAAGGAAAAACUGCAGCAAAACCAAGCCGGCAAAAAUUGGCACGUGUCGAUGCUGCAAAAUCGGAUGAGCAAACCACCGGUUGGACUGAUGUAAAUACGUCUGUACAACGUUCAGUUACACCUCCACCACGUGUAAUUGUGCCACCACCGUCACCACCAGCACCAGCAUCGAAACGAGCGUCGAAAUCAACACGCAGUAAAUGGACCGAUGAAGAGCUAUUGUGUCAAUUGCAAUUGUUGGAUUCCGAAACCAGUUCAAACAUUGUUCGCAUGUUUGAUGAGGGCAACACAAUUCCAUUUAUGUGCCGUUAUCGACGUGAAAUGAUUGGAAACCUUAGUGCGGAUGAAAUGCGCGACAUCAAAAUCACAUACAAUCACAUCAAAAAUAUUCGUGCGCGUGCCGAAACCAUUGUUAAGGAUUUGCAAAAACGGGAUCUGCUUGACGAUGAAAUUGAAGAGGAAAUUUUUGCAGCUAAAUCAUUGGACGCUCUUGAUCAUUUGUACGCACCAUUCAGAGCGGCCAGCAAAUCAUCAUUGUUUGAGCGUGCCAAGGCACUCGGUCUUGAAGAUGCCGCCAAUAAAUUGUUACAUGAAUCGCGUUGUUCGCUGAAUUUCUCCGAAUUCGUGAAGAAAUCCACCGACGGUCUUGAUACCGUGGAUAAGGUUAAAGAAGGUGUUAAAAAUAUCGUUUCGCAUAUUUUUAGCAAAGACACCGAUGUUUUGGAAGCCAUCGAAAAUAUAUUGAAGCGGCACAACAAUGGCAUCAAAAUUGAAACGUCUGAAAAUACAAAAGUCACGAAGGCACACAAAGAAGACAUUCCAAAGGGUGAUAGCAAAAAAGGUGACAAGAAACGCGGUGAUAAUCCCCGAAAAUUUGAGAUAUACUUCAAUUUUCAGGGAUACUUGAACAAUAUGCACUCACAUCAAACGCUUGCCAUUAAUCGUGGCGAAAAUCUCAAGUUCUUAUCAGUUAAAAUUGUGAUACCCGAUCGCAUUCAAAACGAAAUAUACAAACUCAUCCAAAACAAGUAUUUUGUUAACGCAAACAAUCCGGAGUACAAGAGCCUGCUAUCAGCCGCACUAAACGACGCAUACUCGAAGAAAUUGAAACCACUGAUGAAUCGUCAGAUUCGUUCACUUUUGACAAAGAAUGCCGAAAAAGAAUCGGUGGAAGUGUUUGCGAAAAAUUUGAAGCAACUUCUUUUGGUGAAGCCGGUUAAAGGAAAGCGAAUUCUGGGUGUAGAUCCAGGUUUUAAAAAUGGUUGUAAAUUAGCACUGAUCUCGGAACAGAAUGAUGUUCUCGAUACUGACACCAUCUAUCCGCACACAAAAAAGGACCAAAUUAUGAUCUAUGAACACAAGGUCAUCAAUAUGCUGCGAAAAAAUAGAUGUGAGGUGAUUGCCAUUGGCAAUGGGACUGCUUGCCGUGAAACAGAAGCUUGGAUCUCGCAAUUGAUAUCCCGUGAUGUAUUUCACUCGGAAUCCGUUCAGUAUUGCAUUGUCAGUGAGAAUGGUGCUUCGAUUUACUCAUGCAGCGAUGUGGCCAAACACGAAUUCCCCAAUAUGGAUGUGAAUUUAAUAAGUGCCGUAUCGAUUGCGCGUCGACUAAGCGAUCCGCUGGCUGAAUUGGUGAAAAUCGAACCGAAGCAUUUGGGCGUCGGAAUGUAUCAACAUGACAUAAAUGAAAAGUAUCUCAUGGAAUCGUUAAAUGAAAUCGUAUCAGAGUGCGUAAGUUUCGUCGGAGUUGAUAUUAACACAGCGAGUGUUGCGAUUUUGAAACACAUCGCUGGAAUGAAUGCAACGCGUGCCGAAAAUAUCGUAAAAUACCGCGCAGAAAAGGGUCCAUUCAAAUCAAGAGACGAAGUCAAGAAGGUCAAAGCAAUCGGAGCAAAGACGUUCGAGCAGUGUGCCGGUUUCAUAUGGAUUGAUUUUGCCACUGCCAAUCUGAAGGGAAAACCAAACAUUCUUGACUCAACUUGGGUACAUCCCGAAAGUUAUGAGGUUGCAAAGAAAAUAAUUGCCAAAUUCCAACUAUCGCUCAAUGACAUUGGCACUGAACCGUUUAUCGCGCGCAUUAAACAAGCUCAAGAUGAAAAUGCCACAAUUGGCGAGUUGGCCAAACAAUUUCGUAUACCAGUGCCCAGAGUCGAAGGUAUCCUCGAGGCUCUUGCGAGAGAACUUCAAAAGGAUUAUCGUGAUGAAGCUGACAUUCGGCCACUCUUUAAACAAGGUCUCUUGAAAAUGUCUGAUCUGAAAGUUGGAACAACGGUAACGGGAGCCGUGACAAAUAUCACAACAUUCGGAUAUUUUGUUGACAUUGGCGUUGAAAAUAAUGGAUUGAUUCAUUCAAAGCAAAUGCGCGGACAAGUACCAAACAUUGGGGAUCGUGUAAACGCGUAUGUCAUGGCGGUUGAUCAAGAACGAGGACGAAUUCAACUUCGGCUUGAGAACAUUCUUUGAACAACCGAUAUUUCAACAAUUCCAUUUUGUAAUUUGUAAUCAUAUUUAUACUAUUCGUCACUCGCACGGACUAUCGUCUGCGGUGAAAAAGAAAUUGUUGAGAUACGUAAAUGUUUCGAUUCAUAACUCCGAAUUUAUUAUUCGUUAGUAGACAACUAACUAAUAAAGUUAAAAUUUUGUGGAGAAGAAAAAAACAUUUUGUGAUUAUAUCCAAUAUCCAAUAUCCAAUAAUUGGUCAACUGUAUGACUUCAGUUUGUGUUGAAUCAUUUUUUACAGUAAUUAUUCAAAGAAUAAAAAUCAUAAUUUGUCAUUAUCAAAA